AUGUCGUUGAAUGGCUUGGACGACCCGAAGGUCCAGGAAGCCUACGAGGCCGCUGUCGCUGAAGCUGGAGGAUGGUUCCUGCUCAAGUACGCGAGUCGCGAUGAAGUCGAAUUGCUGGGUCGUGGCUCAGGCGGCGUCGUCGAGGUGCGCAACAACGUCACCGAAUACGAAGAUACCAGCCCUCUGUACGGAUUCUUGAGAUACAGAAGGAGGAACGUAUUGAUCAAGUACCUGCCCGAGGACUGCUCCCGUCUUAUUCAAGGUCCGUACUGGCACCCCUCCUUCCCUGCAUGUCCUUCUUUGUUCCCAGUGUCCAGGGUAGCCGUUCAUUUCAAUGCCGUUUGCGAUCGAUUUUCCCCCUACGAUACCAUCUUUGAAAUCACCGAUGCCAAGGAGCUCAGAGAUACUAGGCUGUCGGCAGCUUGUUCUUUACAUGCUGCUUCGGGUUCCACUUCAUCGUCUACAAGCUCACUGCGCCGAAGGCGAUUGAUGGAGAUUGCGGAGGAGGAAGAGGACGAGCAACAGCAGCGCGCCACCAAACGCCAGUCAGUUGCUGAGAAUGACGAUGACGGCGAGGUUCGGCCAAAAACAGCCAAGACAAGCCACGACCCUGCUCCCCAUACAGAACCAGUUACCUUGAACUCAGAGCUUGCUGAAUCUCCAGAGGAAAGUAAAUUCACUGACGCGUCAACGUCGGAAGUACCCAACUUUGUCGGCGCUGACGAGAGGCCUGAUUCAUCUGGUGACCCGGAAGCUCUUCCACGAUUGUCAUCACAAUCAGGUCGACCAGAUCUGUAUCCGUAUUCCUCAUACAAUUACGGUAAGCCAAAGGUCAAGCUUGGCCCCCGCCCAUCGCUUGAAACAAACGGCCGACCUCGUACUGCGGGUUCAUAUCGUCCUGUGUCGCAGAUGCCUUCUGGCUUUAAGUUGUUUGGCAAGGGCUCCAAAAAGGAGAAGAACAAGGACGACACCGCAACUACCGAGGAUACUCCUGCCGAGGACAAGGACAAGGAUACACCGCCUGUGCAGGACGAACUGCAAAUCACCGAUACAGAACUCAACCGACCCACGACAAGUUCUGGAGUUUCGAUUUCUGGUUCCGCCAUCUUACCCGCACCACCGCCUGCGAAACCCACAAUUUCACCCGAGAAGGCAAGAUUAAUGAAGGCCAUGAAGCUCCGAGAAAAGAAGAAGAAGGAUAUGGCGGUCGAGGCUGACGUCUCGUCACCGCCUGUCGAAUUUCCCGGACCCAGUGAAGGUGGAUCGUCUACGGAUCGUGCUGAAGACAGCGAAAACCAACACGACCCUGAAUUGAAUCAGUCGUCGAUGUCGAACGUCGACUCAGGAAUUGGUCUUGAUGGUUCUUCGGUCUCUAUGAAUGCUGACCAGGCGUCUGAUCUUGCGCAAAGUGAUUCUCACCCCGACAGCCCCAUCAUUGCAUCGUCCGAACCCGAGAUGUCCACGAAGGCCUCUUCUCUUUCUGAAUCGACCGAUGACACUCUGCACCCUAAAGACGAGGAUGCACACAAUCGGGAUCAAGAUAAGAAGGUUGACACCAAGGAAACCUCGGCACAGAGUACAAAUGACGAGAAAGCUGCUGUUGCAGCAGUUGCGCCGGCCAGCGAUGAUUUACCGCCUAAGAAUGAGAAGCAGCCCGAGGACGCGCCCCUCGAUCAAGUACCCGACGCUGAUACCAGUAUUCCGGAAAACCCAGAAAAUCCAGAAAAUCCAGAAAACGCGCCCGAGACUACCGAGGCUUCGGCCAAUGUCGACAAAGCUGACGAGCCUCUAUCCCCUACGACUUCUGCCUUGAAGAUCCCCAAAUCUAAGUUCUCGACACAGGAUUUGCGGUCAGCAGCGAACGCGGCUCCGUCAUCGGCCUCCAACUCUCCCCAUCGCGAAAUUGAAGAGAACAAGCCAACCAUUGUCACUCAAGAAGUUGUGGAGACGAAGGAGGACGACAACAAAGACGAGGCUGAGGGGUCAGAAACAAAGCAACAAAAACGCAAAGCAAACAUCGACCCGAUCAAAACACAUCUUACGGAAGAUAAAGACCCUCUGUCUGACGAGGAGGAGGACCUGAUGGACGAGCUACACGACGCGACUCUUCACGAGGCGAAGCCUAUGACUGUUGCUAAGAGUCCAGUCACCCCUGUGUUCCCUAGUCCAACCAAGAGUGAACGAUCUGCUGUCAUUUCCCGAACUGUCUCGAAUCCUGUGCACGGCAAGCUUCUCGCCCCCGGCGAUGUCACUACAAGCUCGGCACGAUCUGUCAGCUCGGGAGGAGCUGCUUAUUUGCACAAGAUUGCUCAGCAACCGGGUGGCCCUACUCUGAGUAGAAAGGGUACGGUGGGAUCGAGUAUUUCACAGCGCAUCAAAGCACUCGAAAAGCUCUCAGCCAGCACUGGCGAGACUCUUAGCCCCGCCCCUACUGCUUCCGCUCGGGAGAGACCAUCUUCGGCAUUUUUCUCCGUGCGUAAAAGUCGAGAGCCGUCUCGAUCUCCGUCCGUGGUAGACCGCACCAGCUCCAUUAACCGUUCAAACCUUCGAACACCCCCGUCGCGAUCUGGCGAACGCGACGAGUCGCCCGAUAGAUCCAGACAGACACGCAGAGGACGCUCAACAUCAGUGGCUAGUCGCUUGUCCGUAUUUGAAGCGAACCCUUGCGAAAACGAUGGCUCCCCUGGUUCAGAGUCGAUCUCGGUUACUGCCAGAAUAGUCCGCGAUCCCAGCCAGAACGCAGCCAAAUCGUUCGAGCCUGCUAAAGAUCCGUCUGAGUUUAACCCCGUGGAACUUCAGGAGUCACCUUUGUUGGUAGAUCACCAAAAGGCAUCGCCAGUCUGGUCCCCUCCUACCUUUCAACCGCCAACGGAGACCAUAGUUGAACGCAGGAUGUCAAAGGACGACAACGGAGACAAGGAGGAUCAAUCGAGGCGGUCUUCACUCAGUGUGGUUAGAGACUUUAUCCACGACCGUCGCAAAUCCCUCACAUCUCCUUCAUCUGAUGUCCUUCCCAAGGGCUCUCAAUCUCCAACUCGCCCACCAUCGACACACCAGGGCAAGCGGCUGUCAAUUAGCAGCCGCCGAUCAUCAUUCAGUCGUGAGAGAGAAAACGUGCUUUCUCCUUCUGCAACCACCGAGAGCUCCAUAUCCGGUGAUGAGACUAAGUCCAGUGGCGAGAAGAUGAAGUCCCGAGCUGGUCGAUUUAUGCGCCGCCUCUCAUCUCUUUCUAGCUCUCGUGGCAAGACUACACCACCGACUGUUCUCUCACCAACCGUGCAAGAGGAGCAAAUCCGCCCUGCAACAAGUGGACCCCCAUCCAUCGUCUCAUUCAUGGGAGACGUCAACGUGCAAUUUCCUGACAACUUGCUCUGGAAACGUCGUAAUAUGUGCCUAGACUCUCAGGGCUUCCUUAUUUUGAGUGCACUCCCAUCUCAGAGCAGUCGCACUGCUCAGGGCACCAAACGCUACCACUUGAGUGACUUCCGAGCACCAUACAUUCCCGAUGUUGAAGUUCAAGAGCUCCCCAACAGUGUGGUAUUGGACCUUGUCGAUGGCAGCAGUGUACAGCUUGCAUGCAUGGACCGUACGGGACAGGUCGGUAUCCUUCAUACUCUCCAAGAAGCCCACGCCAAACACGCGACACCAUUCGCGUUAUAG